ACCGCCACGGGGCCUUCUGUAACAAGACCUGCAAUGAUCACGAAUUCUGUGCAGAGUCAUAUACUGGAGAAAACCAGUGCUUCUGUCGGGCCAACUUUGCCUGUGAAAUCAGAAACAGUUAURCUUAUGGUCAUCCACCAGUCUGCGUAAAGAACCAGGCUUCUCUGACUCUGUACAACUGUCUGCUGGUGGAACAAAACAUUGACUACAAAGUCUUACACCUGAACGACCCGAACUGCAGAGGUCAACUGGACGAGAAGGACAACACGGUGACCUUCACCUACACAAGUGACACCUGUAGAACACAGAUCGUGGACAAUGGCACAAGCAUCAUCUACAAAAACACYGUCAUGAACCAGAACGUCACUGACGUCAUCACUCGCCACGAUAUGGUCAGGAUCGACUUUUCCUGCUACCAGACCCAGCCGGACAUCCUGACUAAGGCCUUCACCAUCAUCAAUAAUGAUUAUAAAGGGGUCGUUGUAUCAGGACCUUGGACUUAUACUCUGUACAUGGAGGCCUACAUUGACGAUGGUUGCACAACACUUGUGGACACAAAUACKCCAAUAAAGCUGAACCAGCAGGUCUGGGUCAAACUGAGCACUACAGGGUUGAACAGAGAUGUGGUUGUCCUGGUGACCGACCACUGCUGGGCAACUGACCAACCAUCACCUAUGGAAGGAAAUAAACUUGACCUGAUCGAGAAAGGCUACCUGCACUGUGAAGUGAGCCUGUGUGUGAAGAGCACCAACACAUGUGAACCGAACUGCCCCAUAAACCGAAGACGCAGAUCACUCAGGUCCAAACAUGAUUCUCCUGGUUUGAUCAGCAUGGGCUGGACUAGUUAGGUGUUUUCCUGAAUAACCAGACUGAUUGACAGGCUGCUGACCUCCAUGAUGACCCCUGACCUUUGACUGGUCCUGAUCCAGAACCAGAUUGUGUUUUUUUUCUUCUUGAAUUCUGGUUAAGGGGAGUGUGUGAGCUACAYGUGAUUUCUGUUAGAAGCAGAWGAAACACUAAUUAGAUAAUCUGAGACUCCAUCUCCCAGCAUGCCUCAGGGGCUGCAGACUGACAGCUGCUGGAUAAAAGCAGAGCAGAAAUGUGACAGCAGGCGUUCACAGAUAGUGUGAGAACUCAAAGGGCUUUAAAUGAUUGAACUGUGUAUUUAGUCAUGGUGAAGGUGUUUCAAGGUGUUAAUAUGAUCCAACUUGAGGUUAUUGUAACUGUGAUUUUAAACAAUCAGUAGUUAAAGGUUAUUUAAAGUUUUGAAGUAAAUUAUUUUGUUCAGAUUUUUUCUUGAACUAAUUCUUGUUCACAUUCUAUUUAUUUGCACUUUUAAUAAUCAGCUCUUGAAAUC